AUGAAGCUUGUAAAACAAUCGUUUGAAAAGGACUCCAGUGGUUAUACAACGCUUGUUCCUCAAGACAAGGAGGACUUGUGGCAGUUGUAUAACUUGAUUCAGAAACAGGAUGAUGUCAAAAUCCAGACCUUCAGAAAUGUCAGCAAGAAGUCGGGGUUGUCAGCAGUUGGUGGAAAGGACAAGGGAAAGCAAGAACGGAAAAUGGUAACACUCCGAUUGAACGUCGAGGAUGUUGAAUACAAUCCCUCAGAUGAGCUGAUGAGAAUUAGAGGCAAAACCACCGAGCCCAACGAAUACGUUCCUAUUCAAAGUUAUCAUACUGGAGAAGUACAGUUGACCAAACCUAUAACCGUGUACAAACAUCAAUGGGACCAAAUAAACUACAAUAUCGUGAUCCAGUCGUGCUCUAUCGAGGCCAAGGCUGAAGUUGGUGCCAUCGUGUUUGAAGAAGGCAUUGCCCACUUAUGUCUUAUCACUGACAAUAUGACGGUUUUGAAGACCAAGAUAGAGAAGUCGAUUCCCAAGAAACGCAGAGGUGACAACUCCAACUACGAAAAGGGCUUGAACAAGUUCUAUGACUUGAUCAUCACCACCAUGUUGCGGAACUUCGACUUGGAUAAGUUGAAAGUGGUGAUAUUGACAUCUCCAGGGUUUAUGGCAUCGAGUCUAUUGGCACAAAUAAAUGCCUAUGCUCAAAAGAACGAUGACAAAGACUUAUUUCGGAACAAGUUCAAGUUUGUGGUGGCCCACUCGUCUACAGGAUACCUCCAGGGAUUGCAGGAGGCGUUACAAGACCCUCACUUGCAGAAAAAGUUGUCGGACACCAAGUUCACCAAACAAGUGCAGGUAUUCGAGGAGUUUGAAAAGAACUUGAAUGAGGACAACGACAAGGCUUGGUACGGAAGAAAAGAAUGUGAGCAGGCCAUUGAGCUUGGGGCUGUCAAAUAUUUGAUGAUCACCGAUUCAUUGUUCAGAAACGACGAUAUUCUGGUUCGUAAAUUCUAUAUCGACUUAACUGAACAGGUGAAGCAUUCUAGUGGAGAAGUGUUGAUAUUCUCGAGCUUACAUGAUUCUGGUAAGCAGCUUGAUGCAUUGACAGGGAUAGCGGUGUUAUUAAGCUAUCCUGUUCCGGAUUUGGACGAGGAAGAAGAAGAGUAA